AAUUUGGGGGAUGGGGAAUGGUGAUGUCAUUGUGAACCAGGACCAUUUUGGUCAGUCAGGGAGAGAGACAGUCAUUCACACAAUCACAUAGGGAUCCUGAGUAGGGGAGGCCACCUCAGAGUUCCCAAGAUGGGGCUGCAGGACCACCACCACGGGAGAAGCUGAAGUCCCACCCCAGCCAUUGGGAACCGAACCCGGCCAACGCUCCAACCGCUGAGCCAAACCGGCCAGGGCUAGGCAGGCCUUUCUAGAAGCAGCCGCAUCCAGGGAGGGAGAAAUAUCCUGUCCCAGGAAUGUUGGGCUCCUCCGCAAACUAGAAGCAAAGCCCACAGAGCUCCAGCCAGAUGCUGAUUUGUGCACGGGCGCCCCCUGCCCUGCUGGUCAAGUAGUGUGUUCCCAGCUCCGAGUCGACCAAUGAGCGCGGCCCGGGCGGGCGUGCCCCUCGGGCCCCAGGCAUAAAAGCUCCACGCACUCCCCACCUGCCACUCUUCUGGUCCAUACACAGACUCAGAAAGAAGCAACCAUGGUGCUGUCCCCCGACGACAAAAGCAACGUCAAGGCCGCCUGGGGUAAGGUUGGCGGCAAUGCUGGCGAGUAUGGCGCCGAGGCCCUGGAGAGGAUGUUCCUGAGCUUCCCUACCACCAAGACCUACUUCCCCCACUUCGACCUGUCCCACGGCUCCGCCCAGGUCAAGGGUCACGGCAAGAAGGUGGGUGACGCCCUGACCAACGCUGUGGCCCACAUGGACGACCUGCCUGGUGCCCUGUCGGCCCUGAGCGACCUGCACGCCUACAAGCUGCGUGUGGACCCUGUCAACUUCAAGCUCCUGAGCCACUGCCUGCUGGUGACUCUGGCCACCCACCUCCCCAAUGAAUUCAACCCUCCCACCCAUGCCUCCCUGGACAAGUUUUUUGCCUCCGUGAGCACCGUGCUGACCUCCAAAUACCGUUAAGCUGGAGCCGCGGCUAUCCCUACCCCAGGUCGGGGCCCCUUUGCGCUCUGCGCACCCGCACUUCCUGAUAUUUGAAUAAAGUCUAAGUGAGUUGCAA